AGAGGGGAAAUGUCAGUCUCCUGAACGUCUGAAAGUGUUUUUGUGGUGAAAAAGAGUCCUUUUGUCGUGUUAAUUUCCAAAAGAUGCCAUCAAAAAAGAAGAAAUACAAUGCCAGAUUCCCUCCAGGCAGGAUAAAGAAGAUCAUGCAAACAGACGAGGAAGUGGGAAAAGUCGCCCAGGCUGUGCCAAUCAUAAUUUCUAGGACAUUAGAAUUGUUUGUGGAGUCCCUCCUGACCAAGACAGUUCGCAUCACAAAUGCCCGUCACGCCAAAACUCUCUCACCAUCUCAUAUGAAGCAGUGUAUCAUGUCAGAGAGUCGCUUUGACUUUCUCAGGGAAUUGGUGAAGAAUGUUCCGGACAUCAGUGUCGCUGAGGAAAUUGACAAUUCACCAGUGUCGUCAAUGGAGACACCGGAAGAUAGGAAUGGCGGAAAUAGCCUACGGAAUGGGAGAUCAACAAAAGGGGACACAUGGCUGAGGACGUACGGGCGUCCAGUAUCCAUGGACUUUGCCCAAAUUGGCCAGCAGAGUGUUUCCCACGAAGGCAAAUGCCUAACACCGAAUGUAAUUUAUCCGGGAGGAAGUGAAGGGAAUUCAGUGAUUAGGUAUACAGCUUCUGGGAUGAGCAGUCAGAAGUCCACAAGUAGUUGUCACCCUCCAAGUUCAUCUUCCCUGCGACCGUCCAAAAUGGCCCGCCUGGACUCUUCCCCGGGCUGCUACAGUGCCCCUCCACGUCCUGACGAUAGCUCCAUUUUCAGCUUUGACCUGAAGCAGAAGCCUCAGCGAGAGUAUGCUCCACAGAGUCCUCUGGUCACCUCCACAGUGACUUCCUGCACAAAUGUGACACGGGAGAGUGUUGCAAUGACUCCACCGCCCGUCCUCAAGAUUGACAUUUGCAACACUCCCGUCGUCAAGAUUGACUACAGCCACCUGCCACCGCUCAAUGUGGCAGCUCCAACACCACUUCCGGCACCUCCGGCUGCCUCUGAACUCGACGAGGACUACGAUAAUAUCUGAACGUAAGCUCAUUUUUCAUCCCUUUCUCUCUAUUUUUUUUUUAUCAUCAUCUGUUCCGGACGUCGAUUUGGCGUCGGGAUACAUGAAGGUUUAUUUUGUAAGUAGGAGACCCUAUGGUACAAAUAUUGACCCUUUGGCCGAGAAUUCUUUUAAUCCAAUCGAUCCUUUAAGCGAGUGACUUUUAACUUUUUUCUGUUCUAUUCAUUUUCUUCUUUUUUAAAUUAAGUCCGUGAAAAGAUUAUUAUCUAUAUUCCAAUAAAUUGUAAUUUUUAAGUAAUUAAA